AGAAAAAGAAGCCAAUGAAACGCUCCCUCAUUCCACUGGUCGUCUGCUGUGUGUUUCGGCGACCAUCAAACUAUUCUGAUCUGGAGUAUUGACGUGGAUGUGACUCCCGAGCUGUGGACCAUGUCUACCCGGGCUCUGCGAAGGCUCAAAGGGAAGCAGCGGGGUCAGGAGGCCUUGGACCUCGGGGCUCUAACUUUAGGUGACAGCCCGGAGGAGGAGGAGGAGGAGGAGGAAGAGAAGCAGCUGGACACGGCUCCUGUUUCUCCCCCGUCUGACAGAAAAGGCAACAACCGAAAGGCAAAGAAAAAUAAGACUCAGAAAAACGUCAGCAACAUUUAUGAACUGAUAUGUGACCCCGACAUCGACGCUGAGAAAAUUUCACCUGAUGAAGAGGCAAACAGAGAAGAGAAAACUGCCAAAAAUAAAACGAGCAGCAAAGGAAAGAAUGACAACAGAAACACUGAGAAACCAGAUCAGGAGCAGGAACAAGUGCCAACUAAGCCAGCGUCUGGAGACAGAGUUAAAAAGAAGAAGAAAAAGAAGAAGGCAAAAGUGACAUCAGAAGAUGGACGGGAGGCAACUACAGAAGAUAACAUUGAUUUAUUGUUGGAGAACCUGGAGCAGUCUAAUGGUUUGAGUUUGCAAAAUGAGGAUUGUGGAGGCUCUGAUAGAAGAACUGUGCUACACGUGGAGCACAGAAACCUCAACCCAGAGACAGAGCUGAAGAGAUAUUUUGGGGCUCGAGCUGUUCUCGGUGAUCAAAGGCCUCGACAAAGAAACAGACAGUUUCACCGUACCACUUGGAUGACCAGUCCUAAGGAUAGCUGGCCUCGCUUCAGCCGCCCAGGUAUCUCAAUGGCUUUGCUGGAGUCGAAGGAUGGUGUUCAGUACUUCACCUUUGAGCACAGUCGGGACUACCAGCAAGUACAGUUCAAGUUCCUGGAUGCUGUUGAGUCCAUGGAUCCCAACAACAUUGUGGCCCUGCUGCAGCUUAACCCCUACCACAUCGAUUCCUUACUGCAGCUUUCUGAUGUCUGCCGAAUACAGGAGGACCAGGAGAUGGCCAGGGACCUCAUUGAAAGGGCCUUAUACAGCUUUGAAUGUGCUUUUCAUCCUUUGUUCAGUCUGACAUCAGGUGCGAGCAGACUGGAUUAUCUGAGACCAGAAAACAGAGCAUUUUAUCUGGUCCUUUAUAAGCACAUGAUUUUCCUGGAGAAGAGAGGUUGCCCACGGACUGCUUUGGAGUACUGCAAACUGAUCCUGAGUUUGGACCCAGACUCUGACCCGCUCUGCAUGCUCCUGCUCAUUGAUUUCCUGACACUGCGUUCCCGAGAGUACCGGUCCCUCCUUCAGUUAUACCAGGACUGGGAGGUGCACAGAAAUCUGUCUCAGCUGCCAAACUUUGCAUUCUCCACUGCACUUUGCCAUUUCCAUCUCAGUCAACAGGAGGAUAUGGAUCCUGAGGAAAGUGGCAAACUAAAACAAAAAGCCGACGAGAUGCUGCAGAACGCUCUCAUCAUGUUCCCCGGAGUCUUGAUGCCCUUACUGGACCUGUGCACUGUUCAGGCUGAUGCUGCAGUCACCUCCCAUAGCUUCUUUGGCCCAAAGAGUCAGAUAUGGCAGCCACCAGCUCUGGCUGAACUGACGGCUCUGUAUGUGGGGAGAACGUACAGCCUGUGGAGGGAGGCGGUAGUGAUGGUUUGGCUGGAAGAGUCUGUGAAGGAGGUGCUGCGACGAGUUGAUGCGAAAGACCCUUUAGUGGAGGACUGCCAAAAUAAGAGGAAGCAGAGGUACCAGAGUGCACCUAGAAACAUCCAUCGCCACGUUCUCCUCUCUGAGAUCAAAGAAGCCACUUCAAGUCUCCCUCUAGAGAUAACCACUCAGCCUGUGAUGGGUUUCGACCCUCUUCCUCCGCUAGACUCAGUGACAUCUUACACCCGACCAGAGAGGCAGCAUGUCGGAGCCUCCAAUGAGAGCACAUUCUCGCUGUUUUUCCGAUCUUUGCUGCCAAACUUCAACCUUCAGGACGGACCGAGGCAGGAGGACGGCAUGGAAGUGGCUCGAGCCGGUCAGGAGCUGAACCAGGAAGUCAAUCGCCUGAUGGUGGCAAUGAGGGACAUGCUGGCAAACAUCCGGUUUCAGGAGCCACCAAGAGAGGACAACCCGUACAGAGAUGACGAGGAAUGGGACUGAGGAGGACGGGGGUGGAAUACGUUUUCAGCGAAGAGGAAGAAAAUAAGACACUUAAAAAAUGAGAUGCUGUUUAUAAUUAAGAAAAGAAGAGAUGGUGUGGGACUUCUGAAUAGUAUUUUUAUUAUUUUCCCAACAUGAGAAUACUAAACUGUGCUUCAGCAGCCGUGGAUUAAAAUCUGAUGCAGACUGUUGUGAACACGGGAUCUUUCUUCAAGUGUCAGAAGUCCAGUUGCUAAUUGAACCCAAUGGUUGACAGUGUUUUUAUAGUCGUUAUCAUAGCACUGUCACUUCAAUAGCUCCAACACAUAAUGGGCAUUAUUCUUCUUCUGAUUUCUGGCUCCCUUGAGUGUUUUCUCUCUCUCUUUUUUUAAUUUUAUUUUCACAACACAAUUAACUGCUUUAUGAUGUCAGAACAAGGUUCAAACAGCUCUUAUGUUGAGUAGAGAUUCUGUGUCACGGAUUCAAGAAUUUGCGUGACAGCAUUUUACAGAAAUUAUUUUUGCAACCCAAGAGUAAAGGAGCUUUUUAUUCCCAUUGACCUAAUUCGACAGAUUCUGUCAUUCAAAACAAACGUUGGGGAAAUCAGUUUGGCCCGUGAGAAUCUGUGUGAACUGUGAAAUGUUGAAAAGGUAAAAAUUACAUCUUGCUUUACUUGAUUAUGAAAAUAUUGUCAUACAUUGUCAUAUAUCACAUGACAUACCCUCCCUUUAUUAAGGCAUCUUUAUUUAGAUAUAAGUGACUUUUUAAUUUAAGACAUAUUUAAAUGCACUCUUAAUUUUCACGGGGAUGCUGUAACAUCUUUUACAAACUUUACUGUGUUGUAAAAACAAUAUGUUAAGUAAAGAAAAUCAGGUAAAAUGAAA